AUUGAACGGUAUAGCUACCAACCCUUCCCCAUCACCCUCUCCCACUGGAUCACCAUGGCUCCCGUCAAGAAGUCCAAGUCUGCAAAGACUUCCGAGAACAUCAACUCGAGGUUGCAGCUUGUUGUCAAGUCUGGAAAGUACACUCUCGGCUACAAGCAAGCCCUGAAGCAGCUCCGAUCCGGCAAGGCCAAACUCAUCCUCAUCAGCAAAAACUGUCCUCCUCUGAGAAAAUCCGAAAUCGAAUACUACGCCAUGCUGUCAAAGACCUCGGUCCACCACUACGACGGAUCCAACGUCGACCUUGGAACUGCUGCUGGACGUCUUUACCGAGUUGGAGUCAUGUCUAUCCAGGAUGCCGGUGAUUCUGAUCUCCUCCAGGUUGAGACUGCUUAGAGAGAAAAUGCACAUGCGUGGAUGC